GUACCUCUAUAGCGUUCAAAACGAACAUAGUUCUUUAAGUAAUAAUAUCAAUAACUAUAACAAAAACAAUAACAAAAGAAGCAAUGUAAAGAUUUUAAAUUACUACAAGUUGUAUUAUUUUCUAUAUAUUAUGAAAAAAGUUAAAAUUUCAUUCGAUAAAAUACAACCUUUAUAUCUAAAAAUAUUCGUUAUGUGUUAUUGUAGCCGCAAUUUUUAUGUAUUUACUUGUUUCACUUUUAGUAAGGAAACGAUGUUGAAUCUAAAGUGAUAAAAGAACGUUUGGGCACUAUUAAAACAGUAAAGUUACAUUUUUACCAAACCGUAGUAAUGAAAGACAAAAUCAUAGAAACUCUUAGUGUACACAUUUAUACUUUCAAUGAUAAUUAAUGGUUACAAAUUCAAAUGUGAUAAUUUAUAUAUUGAAAUCAAAGGAUGACUCAUGUCAAAAUUAUUCAAUUAGCAAAGGCACGAUUUCAUGUUAUUACUAUAAAAGUAAAUAUGUAGGGCGACGGACUCGUACCGGGGAGGGCCCGGGUUCGAUUCCCCGUCCCUGCUGAUUGAUACAAGCACCACUGAAAAAAGUUUCAGGUGCUUUGUUCUCAAACACAUUGCAAGCCUCCGUCGCUGAUUAGCACUGAUGGAGCAUAAAUAGAGCGACGUUAAACAAAACAAAAAAAAUAGUUAAUAGGUACUAUUGUAAUCAAUACAAAUCUCUCUUAAAUCCUUACGGAAGCUUGAACUUGGAAAAAUCACAGAAUUUGGAAUUCCCUGCAACUUUAAGACUACAUUUUAUAUUUUACAGAAUACUCACAAUUAUAAUUCAAUGAUAAUUCAGUGGGAUUUCUAUAAAUAUCCAGAGCCAACGCUGUCGUGACAGUUACAAGUCAGCCAGCAUUGCGUCAAUGUGUUUAAUCGCUCCCAGUUAUCAAUAUCAAGCUACAAGCAUGUUCGCUUCUUUCGCAAUACUUCUCAUCUCUUUGCAUAUCGGCAACGCAGAAUACAAGAAUACAGAACACUUUCCAAACAAGACACUAGUGUUAUCGGAACUAUCCUUCAGCAAUGACGAGUUGUAUUAUGCGCUAUGUGAUCAACCGCCUAAACAAUGUACUAUCGUACAUGCAACUAACAACUUUUUUAACCCGAAGACCUGCGUUGUAAAUCUAGAGGCUGAUGAAGUGCAACUGAUAGUUACUUUUGAUCAAGACAAAGCCAUCCUUGUCGCACUGGAAUCCACGUCAAAGUCGGCGAUAUUGAAAACCAUUACUGUCAACGUGCUCAGCUGUAAAACGGUCGAUCAGGAAUUAUUCGAAAUUCCAUCGAAUUGGACCGGCCUUCAACUGUAUCGCAAAAAUAUCGACCUUGUGGUAUUUGAUGACGGAUUCGAAAUAAUUGUCAAAGGAUUGAGUCGAAUUUGUAGCAAAUCCGAAGAGGACAAAUAUUGUGGUUUCAACUUUGAGAGCGAGGGAAAGCUUAUUGAAGGUCCUUACAUCUGGCCUAGAGCAGAUUAUAAUCACAUUGAUGUUAUUUCACCUAUUUUAACGGAUGCAUCAGGAAAGGGAUACUUUUAUGUUAAUAAAAAUUAUAAACAAACAAAUAUAUUGCUUAUUGGUAUACAGGCGAAUCGGAUAGGUGGCCCAACUUAUACAAAAUUAUGGGGUCCGCAAAAUAUCAGCUCAGAACCUCCAAGAGGAGGUCUGUCGACUGCUAACAAUUUCAACGGUGCCUGUUACGGUUUCAACUCGGCUAUUAAGUGCUGGCAAAAUAAUGCAGAAGGAGAAUUACAAAUGAGCACAAAGUUCAGUUUUAAGCUGGAACACGAGAUAUGGAAUCUGUCUGUUCAUAAUUUACCCAAUGGAGGAUUUCUUGUAUUGAUGAUUACAUGUCCUAAUCGAAUUUGCGCGGGUGUUAACGAUCAUUACUAUUUAAUAAAAAUUGAUGCGCAAGGAAAAAAAGUGGAUUGCGUCGAAAUUGAUUUGAAAAAUAACGAAUGCAAUGCUGAAAACGGUAUUAUUUCGGCAAUAACAUUUUUAGAAGGACGAUCGUACUGCUGGAUUAGACUAUGUCAUGUCAAUAAACACGAGGGUGCGACAUUAGAAUUGUCAGCUAAUUGUUAUUCUGAUUAUGAUUUUUUGAAUCAAUAUUGAAGCAUAUCGUUAUUUUUGCAUUUUCUCAAUUUUUACUAUAGAAUUUAAUCUUUUUAAUAAGAAUAAAUGAUUAAUAUUACAUAAUUUACUUUUAUAAUUAUGAAAAAAUCUUUAUGUCGAACAACUCUUGUUAUAACGUAGAUAUCUUCUA